AGAGUAAACAGGUGAUCUAACCGCGUAAGGCAUAUGCCGUCAUUCUAUCAAUAGAUGGAAGAUAUCGUAUAAAAGAGCGGCCUAAACUGCAAUUCUACGCUUCCUAUCUGGCCUAAGGUUCGACUCGACUCAUUUUUAGGUCCCUCUGCGUAUUAUUCGAGCAGCUGGCCACUAGCGAGUGAUCAAGAAUGGAGUUGGACGUCCUCCCCAUUCCGCUAACAUGGAUUCUGCUGGCCUUGUUACCUGUACUCUUCUACGUGUACUGCAUACGGCCCCAUCAGGUGUUAAAGAAGAUGGGAGUUCCACACCCAAAGCCACUGCCAGCCGUGGGAAACAUGCUGGACAUGAUGAAAAAUGGAAUGUGGAAUCCUGAUGCGCAGGUUGAAAGAAUCGAGAAGUGGGGCACUGUAUAUGGAGUCUACCUGGGAAUGAACCCGUAUGUCAUAAUCUCAGACCCUGAAAUGGUGAGAGAAGUCUUCGUCAAGCAGUUUCCCAAGUUUAUCAACCGAGCCCCUGAGAGGCUGAACCUGGAAGUGAAGCCACAGUGUCGCAUGAUGACUGCUCUGGUCGACGAUGAGUGGAAGAACAUGAGGAGUACUGUCAGUCCUGCAUUUAGUGGAGGCAAACUCAAACAGAUGGCAGAAGCCAUGAACACCUGUGCCAACAUGCUGGUAGAAAAUAUCGGCAAGUUCGCUGAGAAGGAAGAGUCCUUUGACACCAAGGAUUUGACUGCAGGAUUCACCACAGACACCAUUGCCCGCACCGCAUUUGGUCUGGAGGUGGAUUCUCAGCGGAACCCGGAGGAUCCUUUCGUCCGAUACACGAGGGAGCCGUUUGCCACCGUGUUUAAGGAUCCAUUGUUCUGGCUCUUCUUUAUGUUCCCCGGCAUCAUGAAGCCCAUUUUGGAGAGGUUCAACUACGGUUUCCUGAACAAAAAUGUCGCUGAGUUCUUCUACAACGUGGUUGACCAGGUCAUGGGGAUGAGGAAAACUGAAGGUGGAGCACAAGGACGUGUGGACUUCAUGCAACUGAUGAUGAACGCUCACAAAGAUGAAGACGAUGACAACAAGGCAGAAGGGAUUCAGGUGCAAGGAGUGAAGAAACCUCUCAGCAGGGAUGACGUUGUUGCGAAUGGCUUCCUGUUUUUCAUCGCGGGCUAUGAGACCACGGCCACCACCAUGGCAUUCACGCUGUACAACCUGGCCUUACACCCGGAGGUACAGGACAGGGCCAGGGAAGAAGUCUGCCAAGUCAUGGAGGACAGGGACCUGGUUGACUAUGAGGCUGUCCACAAGAUGCCGUACCUGGACAUGUGCAUCAGUGAGACCCUCCGAAUGUACGCUCCUGCUGCAAGUAUUGUGCGUGUGACCAAUGAUGAGGUGAAGAUGAAAUGGCUGACUAUCCCAAAGGGCUUCAACGUGAUGAUUCCUAUUCUCGGGAUCCAUUACGACCCAAAACGCUGGCCGGAACCAAAGAAGUUCAUCCCAGAGAGGUUCACUAAGGAGGAGAAGGAGAAGAGGGACCCGUUUGAUUGGCUCCCGUUCGGAGCCGGACCGAGGAACUGUAUUGGGAUGAGACUGGCCCUGAUGGAGCUGAAGGUGGGACUCGCCAAGAUCCUGAUGAAGUACCGCAUCGUCACUGGACCUGAUACUGAUAUCCCGUUGGUGAUCCAGAAGAAGAAGCAGUUCCCCACCCCGGAGAAUGGGAUUAAGCUGAGGGCAGAGCUGCUGCAGGAUUAGUCUCAGUAUCAUUCCACACCAAAAGGCUUUAAGCCUGGUUACCAGUUUCCAUGGGCUGGCUUAGGAUAGUAUCCACCAGACUCCUUUGCAGGCUGAAUAAAUAGUAGAAAUCGGCCUAAGAAGAAUGUAGCUGACCAGGGGAGUUGGUAGAGGGUCAAGCUGGACCCUCUAUUUAUUCAGCCUGCCAAGUAGUCUGGUGGAGACAAGGCUUGGGACUAGUUAGUAUGUGAGUGAUAUAGCUAGUGGUUACCACUCUCUAUGGGGUGGCUUGGGUGUUACAUGUCUUUUUUUCUGGAAGCCAAUCUUUUCAAUCAGCUUUUCUGAUUAUCUAUUAAGAGAUUCUAAUUUGUAACACUGUGACAGUGAUAAGCUAUGCACAAUUACUUUUGAU